CAAUAGGCCCGCGGGGGGCGGGCCCGAGGCAGCAGGCGGGUUCGGGUGUGCCCCGGCUCCUGGCGCUGCCGCCGCCGCCGCCCGCCGCUCCACAGCCGCCAUGGGGAACGCGCUGGCCGCCAGCUCCCCGCCGCCCCCCGGCCCCGGGCUGCUGCCAGCACCCCCGGGGCUGCCGCUGCCCCCCGGCAGCACCCCGCUGCGCCCCCCGGCCCUGCCCCCCGGCACCCCCGCCGCAUCCCCCGGCGCCGCUGCCGAGCCGCUGCCCAACCCCGGCACCUUCGAGGAGUGCCACCGCCGCUGCAAAGUGCCCCAUGGUCCCCCUGCCUUGUUGUGCAUCCCACCACGCCGUGAGGCUUGCUGUGGGGCUCGCCAUGGGGCUGACACCGCGCUGCCCGCAGAGCUGUUCCCGGUGCAGAUGGAGGGGGUGAAGCUGACGGUCAACAAGGGGCUCAGCAAUCACUUCCAGGUGAACCACACCGUGGCACUCAGCACCGUCGGCGACUCCAACUACCACUUCGGGGCCACCUACGUAGGCACCAAGCAGCUCAGCCCCACGGAGGCCUUCCCGGUGCUGGUCGGCGACAUGGACAACAGCGGUAGCCUCAACGCCCAGGUCAUCCACCAGCUCACAGCGCGCCUCCGCUCCAAGGUGGCCUUCCAGACGCAGCAGGCCAAGUUCGUGAACUGGCAGGUGGACGGCGAGUACCGGGGCGCCGACUUCACGGCCGCCGUGACGCUGGGCAACCCUGACGUGCUGGUGGGCUCCGGCAUCCUGGUGGCCCACUACCUGCAGAGCGUCACGCCAGCCCUGGCACUGGGCGGCGAGCUGGUCUACCACCGCCGGCCAGGGGAGGAGGGCACCGUCGUCUCCUUGGCCGGGAAAUACACAGCGCCCAACUGGAUCGGGACCCUGACGGUGGGGCAGGCGGGAGCCCACGCCACCUACUACCACAAGGCCAACGAGCAGCUCCAGGUGGGCGUCGAGUUCGAGGCCAGCACCCGCAUGCAGGACACCAGCGUCUCCUUCGGCUACCAGCUUGACCUGCCCAAGGCCAACCUGCUCUUCAGAGGCUCGGUGGACAGUAACUGGGUCGUGGGCGCCGUGCUGGAGAAGAAGCUGCUGCCGCUGCCACUGACGCUGGCCAUGGGCGCCUUCCUCAACCACCGCAAGAACAAGUUCCAAUGCGGCUUCGGCCUCACCAUCGGCUAGAGCUGCUUCCUCUUCCGCCGCCUCCUCCUCCUCCUGCUGCUGCUGCUGCUGCUCCCCGGCCCGGCCUCGGCGUGAGACCCAGCUCCUCCUGCCCAGCCCCACAGGGCGGCUUGGGGGUCAGAGCCCCGGGGGGCACCCGGCACUGCCCCGGGGGCCGUGGGCGUGCGUGGCCUCGCGCGCGGGGCGGGAUGCGCUGCCGGAGGGGGCCGGACCCCCGCUCCCGCCCCGGCUCCCGGGACCCAGAGCCGCCCCGCGGGGGGGGCGGCCGGAAGCCCCGCGCUGUCCCCCUCGCCGCUCUCCGCCGAAUAAACAGCCGGCAGCGGG